AUGCCUGUAUCAAUAAGUGAGUGGAGGGUCCGAAUUGGAACAUUCGUUCGUUGGAUUAGGGAGUAUGAGGUUAAGGAGAGGAGAGAACAAUUGCUUAAAGAAAGGAUUCGAAGACUGAAGGUUCUUUGCGAGAGACUUGAAGCGAAAAUGGGUGAUUCUGGAGAGGAGUCCGAAGAUGACAAAAGCAGACAAGAUGGCCCUGAUCGCAAGGGAUGUCCUCAUAAAAGUUUGAACAUUCGGUCGUCAGAAAACUCAUCAGAUAUCAAUGAUUUACUAACUUCAUGUGAUCAGUGCAUUCAGGAAUUAUUAACGGCAAGUGAUUCUCAUAUCAAAGAGUUACUCACCCCUUCAGAUACAUGUAGUAAACAAUCGCUGACACCAAGAAGAGAAAGAUUGCAAAGGAUUCAGAGACUGAAGGUUCUUUGCGAGAGACUUGAAGCAAAAAUGGGUGAUUGUGGAGAGGAGUCCGAAGAUGACAAAAGCAGACAAGAUGACCCUGAUCCCAAUGGAUGUCCUCAUAAAACUUUGAACACAUCAGAUAUCAAGGAUUUACUAACUUCAUGUGAUCAGUGCAUACAGGAUUUAUUAACGGCAAGUGAUUCUCAUAUCAAGGAUAUACUCACUUCUUCGGGUUGUAGCAUCAAAGGACUCGUUACCUCAAAUGACUGUAGCAUCAAAAGUCCAAACAGUCUGUCAGACGCUGCCUUGAGGGAGCUACUCACAUCAUAUCCGUCCAUGAAAGACCUUCGGACUCCAACUGACGAUUUGAAUGCCGAUCUCAUCAUAAAGACUUCUUACGUCAAAUACCAUGAAACCCAAUCAGUUGGCUCUGUGAAAGAGCUAUCAUCACCUGGUUCAGGAACCACAGUAUGCCGACCAUUCGCACCAUGUGAUGAUUUCCAGGUGGAGCUCCUAAAACCAACCCUGUCUGCAAGCAUAGAUCUUCCCCCAAUUGACCUUUGUUGGCAUGAACCUGACAGACAAAAUGAGCCAUUCCCUGAAGAGAGUUGCAAAGUACCUCAUUUCGUGGACAAAGAGCAGCAUCCUCAACCUGAUACUUUCACCAAGGAAGCAAUUGAUGAUGAACUCCUCAAGGAGCAUCAGACAUUAUCGGGAAGCUGCAAGAAGUCACAGACUGAACCCAGUAUUCGCACGGCAGUCAGAUGCAGUCCGGUGGUUCCAAUCGUCUCAAGAAAAUACUGCGUCAGUGACAGAUAUGGAGAGAAACAGAUGGGAGAAUCGGCAUCAACUUGUCAUGGACCAUCCUUGAAGUCAAAGACAGAUUUGAUCUCUGGACAGAUUCCUCAUCUCUCUGAAUUGCUCCUCAUGAAAUCUGGUGAUGUAGAGCUCAACCCAGGCCCUCGUGAAGCGGCUGAGUGGAGCUUGGAGUUAGAGGGAGAAUUGCUGUCAUUGGUAGACGAAGUUCCUCCGAAACACUACACCCGCCUGUGCAAUGCUCUAGGUGUCAAGCAUGCACGAAGUAAAGCAAUAUUAUCGGAAAACCUCUUAGAUGUGUCCAAUUCACUGUUUGAAGUCAUCUGCAGCUGGGGAGUCAAGCAGAGGGGUGGCACUAAUUACAAGACACUUUUAGCUGAAAAACUCAGGAGUGUAUAUUUAGAUGCAUUGGGAACAAAACUAGUAGAAGGUGGAUACUCGACACAAGACACCCCAACUCAGUAUCCAAUACUGGAUACUUCCCAAACAAUUAUGACUGAGGCACAGGUUCUCCAGUGUGGGGAAGACUUGAAGACAUUCUACCGCGAACAAAUGUGCAAAAUCAAACCUUACCCGCUUGAUUUCAACAUCAUCGUUGAAUUCGAGCAAAUUUACACGAACUUAACGCUGCUCAGGAACGAAAUGGGAACAAAGAAAACUGAAAAGCCACUGGAUUACGCUGAUCUUCUUACUACAAAGAUUAACGGGGUACUUCCUAAACGUCUUCUGGUUGAAGGUGAAGGUGGUGUUGGUAAAACGACCUUCUGUUCGAAGAUUGCAUGGGAUUGGGUCAAUGGAUCUUCCGAGUUUCAGCACUUCAGUUGGGUUCUGGUUAUACCCCUGCGCAACGUUGUCAAGGGUCAGACAAUUGGUGAUAUUAUGAAAAACUAUCUCUCUGACAAUAAUGUUGUGAACCCUAAACAGAUCGAUAAUUACAUAUUGUCUCAACCUACAAAGGUUCUGAUUGUACUUGAUGGACUAGAUGAGUAUGAUGGGGACCUCUCUGCCAAAGAAAGCACAGAUAUUGCUCAGAUUCUGCGAUUGGAGAAAUUCAAGCAAUGCAUAGUUUUGGUGACAACAAGACCGUGGAAGGCGAAUAAGAUCAAAUCCAACAAAAGAUUGAGUAAUUUGUAUGCUUUCAUUGCAGUAAAAGGAUUUAGUUCUGAAAAUGUCUUGAAAUACAUCAGCAAGUACUUCGUGAACGAUAAAGACUCGGGAUCAGAACUAUGUCGGUUUAUUGAAGUGAAUGAUGUAAUCAAGGAGAACAUGGCACCCUUCCCUAUUUACGUAGCAAUGCUAUGCAUCUUAUGGGAAAAUUGUGACAGUGAGAAACGAGAAACAAUACGCAGACUGAAGACAUUUUCUCAAUUAUUUGACAAAAUGAUCAUGUUUCUAAGAGAUCAUUAUGUGUCAAAGGCUGCAGAAGCCCAUUUGGACGAGGAAAUGGAAAGUAUACAGCUUUGUUUGACAAGUAUAGGAUCGAUUGCCUUCUCAGGACUCCUGAAUAAGAAAUUGGUUUUUAAUGAGGAGGACUUCAGCUCGUGUGAGGAGGCCAUGGAGACAUGUUGCAGAAUCGGAGUUCUAAGUCGGGAAGAUCGAAAUGUAUCCAUAUGGAAAAAGACUUUGAAUGCUUCACAGUCUGUAACCACUAGCAUCUUCUUUCCUCACAAAUUAUUUCAAGAAUAUAUUGCGUCUGUUCAUCUUGCCUCUCUAUAUGACACGAAUCGCGAAGAGUACGGAAGGUCAAUGGGCAAAGUACUGAAAGAUGACCCACUACAAUUCCGUUACCUCUUGUAUUUCACUGCUGCCCUGGGUAAGGAGGUUGGACUUGAUAUCGUCGAGAAAAUACAACAAAAUGACUUCCUAAAUGUACAACAAAGGAAAAAAAGAGAGGAAUUUCUAGUAGAUGUCACUUUUGAGGCAUAUGACAACGACACAGCAAAAGCAGUAGGACUACAGAUAUUUGCAGACGAGAAAAAGUUGACCAUCAAUAAAAAAAUGCCUGCCCACACAGUGUCUGGUUAUCUAUUCAUCAUGGAACAGCAUGGAAUGUUUGGUAUUCAGAGACAGAUCAUGGGGCCCAACUGUAUCGCGUGA